UUCUCAUCUCUCAUCUAUUUAUACUUCUUCUUCUUCUUCUUAUACAUAGUCUCCUUGCCAGUUGCCACCAAAUACUACAACAUAACCCACAUUUGUCUCUCUCUGUCUGUCUCUAUUGGGUUGAUCAGAAUGGGAAGGUCACCAUGCUGUGAAAAGGUAGGGUUGAAGAAAGGGCCAUGGACACCUGAUGAAGACAAGCAGUUGUUGGCUUAUAUUGAGCAGUACGGCCAUGGAAGCUGGCGAGCUUUGCCUGCAAAAGCUGGGCUGCAAAGAUGUGGGAAGAGCUGCCGACUGAGAUGGACUAACUAUUUGAGACCCGACAUUAAAAGAGGAAACUUUAGUCUGCAAGAAGAACAAUCCAUCAUUCAGCUCCAUGCUCUUCUUGGAAAUAGAUGGUCAGCCAUUGCAGCUCACCUGCCAAAGAGAACAGAUAAUGAGAUAAAGAACUACUGGAAUACCCAUUUGAAGAAGAAACUAAGUAAGAUGGGCAUUGAUCCAAUGACGCAUAGGCCGAAGAUGAACUCCUCCUUCGGCUCCGCCGCCAAUCUCAGCCACAUGGCCCAGUGGGAGACCGCCCGACUGGAAGCCGAAGCUCGCCUCGUCCGCCACUCUAAGUUCAUCAGUUCCUCUCUUAUCUCACCUCACCACUUCCUCCUCCACAAGCAGCCGCCGCCGCCGCCGCCCAAAGUCCCGCCGUCUCUCGACGUGCUAAAAGCUUGGCAAGAAACGUGGACCAAGCCGCCGAGGACGAGGGUUUCAUUAUCCCAUGUACACGACGGCGCGUUCCUCUCAAACGCAACUCCACAUCAAUCUCCGACAACCUUAAACUUUUCCGACCAAAACUUAAACUUUUCCGACCAAAACUUAAACUUUUCCGACCACGAAAGUUCUUCGAAUAUAGGUAACCCUAACACCACCGGCGACGACAUAAUCCCGCAUGUUACCAUGGAUCCCUUAUCGGAGCUCCCAACCUUCACUCAUGGGUUCACGGAACUUUCACCGGAAACCUUCACCGGAUACUUAGACGACAACAAUGUCGUCGGAAACUGCGGCACGGCCGACGUGGAAGACAACAGCCGUUACUGGAAUAGCAUCCUUAAUAAUCUGAUGGCGUCUCCGGUGGGUUCGCCGGUUUUCUAGCCAAGUAAUUAUCACUUAAUAAGUAUCCUUAAUUAAUUAAUUAGGAUUAUUACUUAUUAGUGUGAUAGUACGUGCAGUGUGUUAUCUGAUUUAGUGGCCUUU